GCCAAACUUUGUCCGAGGAAGAGCGAGCCAUGACGACUCCGCACGAUCAGUGGGUAAAACUCCCCUCCAUGCGCGAUGCAGGAGCUACUUCGUUCAUCUUCGUCGAUCGUGGUCACUCACAAACCCUGUAGACAUGGUUCCUCGUCUUUGCGACGGUGUUUCUGUCGUUCUACAUCUUUACGAGCCCGUUUGUGGAAAACCGCGAGCUGUUGGAUCGUUGGACGCCGUACGUGUACUUUUCGAUGGGAUUGUACACGUGGCUGUUGUCUGCUGUGGCGGUGCACGUCCCGCUGACGAAGCUCGGCAUGAUGGACUACGACGUCAAGCAACCGGUGCAAUCUCGUCGAACGUCCGAUUCCUCCCGCCCCUGCUCACGUCGUGUCGAUCGCAGGUGUCGCUGUUUCUCCCGAUCUUCUUCAGUUCGAUCGCCAUCCUCGGGACGUUCCAGACUGUGUUGUACCUUCUCAAGCGUUGUGGCUUGGUCUCGCAACUGUCGAGUCUUUCAUGGAAUCGCCUCGUGUCGACCAUACUUCGCAACAGCGCGGCCGUGAGCGUGUCGUGCUGCAUCUUGAUCGUUCACUGCGAUGCCGACGAAGAGGACGCAAAUUUCCCCAAAACGUACAAUCGCCACGCCUGUGAGCAUGUGUUUGGAGUCGCGAGCUCGCGCAUCCCUGUGCCAGCCAGCUACCAAGGCGCGCUUUUCAUUUGGAUCACUGGGCUUACCCUUGCCAUGAUCAACUUUGUGUUUGAGCGGCUCGUGGGGUUCCAAGUCUUUUCGAUGCAAUGGCACCAUGACGCGGACGAUGAAGACGACGACGACGAAAACGCAAAGCAUGCAACCCUUCCGCCGGAACACGCUCUACCCAUGGUCCCUUGGUACUCGAUGUUUAUGUUCGACACGGGAUUCCAGCUCCUGAUUUCGCUCAAGAUCUUUCUCGGUCGAUUCGAUAAGCGCACCAUGCAAGCGGCGCUCCAUCCCAACUACAAGGACUACCUGUUUGACCAUUUGGCCGAGAAAGACGACGUCUGGUUUGACUUUAUGGCGGACUGCGGCGACGGGUUCAACAGCAGCUUCCAAAUUGCACGGAUGCUCGCCCAACCCCACUUGAAAGUGACCGUCCCGCUCACGAAUGCGACUUUUCCCCGCCACGACUCGGUCACAUUGCCGCGCGGCAAUUGCCUCGUUAUUGGAGGCGACCUGGCGUACCCCCACCCCGAUGCCGACUCGUACGAGUCUCGGUUUUGGCGCCCAUUCGAAUACGCGAUGAAACCUCCGACGUGGUACGAUCCGGCGGUCAUUUCGACCAAGAAGCCGACGCUUCCGCGGUCGUGCCAGUCGCUCAAAGAGUAUGCAGGGCCAACGUGCUUUGCCAUUCCAGGGAACCACGAUUGGUUUGACGGACUCAACACGUACAGCCGGUUUGUGUGCGAACGGGACUGGCUUGGUGGAUGGCACUUGCCCCAAAACACAAGUUUUUUUGCCCUCCAAUUGCCCCAUGGAUGGUGGGUGUUUGGGUGCGACCUCGCGCUCGAGGACGACAUCAACGUCGAGCAGUUUGCGUGCUUUGAAGCGAUCGUAGAGGCCCACAUCGGCCCCACGGAUCGAGUUAUCAUUGUCACACACGAACCUAGUUGGAUCUUGGAUGCGUACGAACACCGACGCAGUGAAGAGAAGCUGCAGUACCUCAUCACGACCAUCCUGGCCGGCCGCGUCGUCGUUCGGUUGGCAGGCGAUGUUCACAACUACACGCGCCACUCGCUCAUGGAGUACGACCAGCCACAAGAGGCACACCCGACGGGGACGGCGUCCGCGAACGCCAAACCUCGCUCGACGCCGUCGUUAUCGGUCAAGACGUCGGCGUCGAACGAAAACCUGACGUCCAUGUCGCCGUUUUCGCCCGUGGCCAAGCAUUUCCCCCACAUGAACAACGUCAAGCACCCGUCGCCUGUUAUGGACUCUUCGAAUCCAAUGCCGUCGAUAGCCACAGAAACCAAACCGGCGCCGGAAGCUCCCGCCCAUUUGAUCGUGUCGGGAGGUGGCGGCGCCUUCCUCCACCCGACCCACGUGCCGUCGGGCGACAACUUGGUCGCAUCGCAACGAUUGUACACGCGCGCGUCAUGCUAUCCGUCGGAAAAAGUGUGCCGACGCUAUGCUCUGCUCAAUAUUUUGGGGUUUCGCCGGCGCAACUGGCGCUUUGACAUUGUCGGCGGCCUGGGGUACUUUUUCCUCGCGUUUUCCAAAUUUCCGCGAUGCUCGGUUGGACAAAUCUACGAGAGCGCCGAGUGGACGACGGUGGCGUGGAAUUUCGUCGCCGACCUCUGGGCCGUGCACUACGAAGUGUUUACCACGUCCUACUUGAGUCUUGCGACGUAUGUUGGCCUUGGAAUCGGCCACUGGUUAUUUGCAGACUCGACUUCGCCCACCAAGCGCCUCGUGAUCAGCGUCGCCACGUCGUUGUGCCACAGCAUGGCCGCGUUCAGCGUCCUCAUCGCGUUCGAGUCGAUGUUUCAAGCUGCGUCCGAUGGCGGCGCGUUGGGCGGCGACGACGGCGUCGACGCGCUGUACAAAUACUACCAAAUCCACGUCCCCAACAUGGUGCAGCUGCGCUCGUACGACUACUUCAGCCUCAUCCCGCUCUACUCGACGUGUGUCAAGUACAUCUUGACAAUCUUUGAUGUGCCCCAAGCUGUCGCUGUCUACCGCACCGACGUGCGCGCGCCGCCCCAUCGAGAACGAAUCAUCACGUUGCAUGCAUGCUUGUGUAGAUUUGCCAAGCCGGGUUCGACUCGCUCACGCGCAGCGAAGUGUUGGCAUAUUACUGUUCAGUCUUUUUGUACUUUUGGGUCGCGGCGACGCCGUUGUCGGGGGUGAUCGUUGGAGUGUACUUGUACUUGGCCGUGAAUGUGUUUCACAGCCAUUACAAUGAAGCGUUUUCUGCGUUGCGCGUCGCGAGUUACAAAAACUUUCUUCGGCUACACAUCAAGUCGAACGGGGAUUUGGAGAUCUUUGCGCUUGGUGUGGACAAGAUGCCGACCAAGUGGAUUCGGUACACGUGUCGUUGGUCCGUGUGAUGUGCCGUCGUCUCAUGGGUGGUCGGUUGAGUCAGGGACCCGGACUGGAGCGGGGCGACCCAAGCUGAGAAGGUGUCGCCAUCAUACGAGUGGAAAGUGCCAAGCUACUGGAAGCCCAAGAUGAGUCGCGUCGAUAACAUUCUGCGCUUUGACAUGGAAGAAGAAACAUUCGAUCGAAAGUUCAACACGGACGAUCGGUCCCAAGUCAAGCUCGUCGACUACGUCGUGUACCACAAGGACGCGUAACAUCCGCGCUGUUGCUUUGUCGACCACAUGCGGUUCCAGCCAUUUCUGUGUACGCACCGAGCCACUGGCGCUGGAAAUACAAUCGGCACGAAAUUUGUGUACGCAACAACGUCUGCACGGCUCGAUCUUCGUGACUGGAUAUGGCGACGAUCUCGCCCGCGCUAGGUUGAUUCGCGCGGGCAUCGGACACCACCCAAAACGACUCGCAGAAACAUGAUCUAGCCGGUCGAAGUGGUUGUGAACGGAAGGGACGCCCAUGCGAUCGCGGCCUUGAGCGCGCCGUAUGCAGCAUCGAUGCCCAGGCCUAGGUAACUCGGUUGGUACUGUGGACUCGGGACUCGCAAGGCGGCAGGGGCCACUUUGGUUGAUCGGCGCUGCGAGUUGUCGCUUCGCCACCACAGCACCGAGUACGACAUCGACGCAGCUUCUCGUCCCGACGAUUGCGCUUCGAGUAUAACUCCUGCAUACCACGCGCCUUCGACUGCAAUCUCAACGGGAUCCCCGGCGGCAAACACAUGCGACUGCUGCCCUGCCUCUUCGUCAUCGCGUCGUUUGUCCAAGCUUGUGGCGGCGACGCCAAACGAGUUCGGGUGAAGGGCCCCCGAGCGUCGUCCGUCGCACGAGUCCAUUUGCAAACUUCCGCGCGGAGAUGCGUCCGUGAUUGCAGUCGAUGUGGGAAACGUGGCAAGGACUCCAGUCGACGCACCACCCCGGCGGUCUUGCGCCAGAGCGUGCUGCACAAGCGUCGUCCCGAGCAUCUCCGGGCGCUGCGACACCAUGCCAUCGACGAUGCCGCCCAUGUCUUCCAGCACAUUCCAAGCGACGCGGGCGCUGUCAACGUUGCUCACAAACACGCGAAGGCCACGUCGAUGGGCGUCGGCGGCAAAGGCGGCCGUCACGACCGCCGCGUCCACACACACGUGCGAUACGUGCAGCUGCUCCAGAUCUCUGCAAUACCCGAGAGGAAUCGACUGGCCCAUGAGCGCGACGGUGUGCAUAUCGGAGAGCGUCGGGAGAGACCUGCGGUGGCCGUGCAUGGCCAAGAGUUGAUAGUGGUUUCCCGACGCAAGGUACAACAUCGAGGACGUCCACGA